GGGGGGGGGGGCAAAUGUAAUUUCUGUUUCAUCUGGCCUUCAGCUCCCUGGCCAGCCCACUCAACAGCGGCUCCUCACAGGAAGCCUAUAUGAGCGAGAAAGCAGAAGUUGUCUGAGUUUUGAGAAAAGUUGUCAGUUGUCAGUCUCAGCAUGGCCGGGGGCUCGGUGUCCGAGUGUAAGGAGUACUUGUUCAAAGUGCUGGUGAUCGGGGAACUGGGCGUCGGGAAAACCAGCAUCAUCAAGCGCUACGUGCACCAGCUUUUCUCGCAGCACUACAGGGCGACGAUCGGGGUCGACUUUGCACUUAAAGUGAUCAACUGGGACAGCAAAACGCUGGUCAGGUUACAGCUGUGGGACAUCGCAGGGCAGGAACGAUUCGGGAACAUGACGCGGGUGUACUACAAAGAGGCCGUGGGGGCAUUCGUGGUGUUCGAUGUCACAAGGGGAUCCACGUUUGAAGCUGUGUCUAAGUGGAAGCACGAUCUGGACAGCAAGGUGAAGCUGGCUAAUGGCAACCCCAUCCCCUCAGUGCUGCUCGCCAAUAAAUGUGACCAGAAGAAAGAGAGCUCCAACAACACAGCCCUAAUGGACAAUUUCUGCAAAGAGACUGGCUUUCUGGGCUGGUUUGAAACCUCAGCUAAGGUGAGAGAUCAAUACAUUAAACAGAGAAGCUAUAAGUAGCACAUAUGCAUGAAACAGACCCAUGCGAUUUUACACACAUUCCUCUCAAUAUCUUUUUAACAGGCUUCUUUUUAAAAUAUUCUCCUUUCAGAUGUAUCUUUAUGUUUUAUUCAUUGUACAGUUUAAACCAGGGUUCAGCAGCGUGAAAUUACCAAAGUUAAGGCUCAAAUUAGAGCUGGCUGAAAUAUUUUGCAUCAUGGGAUAUUGAUAUUUCUUUUCAAGCUUCUUGAGUCACGGUCCAAACAUAACUAACAAUGGGUUCAAAUGCUAUUUUCCCCUUGUACGUGACUUGUAUUUGUGGUGAAUCAGAUGUGAUAAGAGCUUUAAAGUGCACAUAGCUGAGUCAAAAUGAGAGGAGCCACUGGACUUUUACUGUGAAGGCAUUUUGCCGUUUUACUGCAAGGCUUCUUUGUUUCUCGUGGCAGACAGGAAAUCUUCAAAAGUUAUCCUGUGGGGAAGCUAGGCCCUUUCUGAGUGGUGUAAUCACUCUGUGGUGAUUGUGAAAUGGAUACAUGUAGUAAUGGGUUUGUUAAACACACAGUCAGCAAUUGCUCAUAUUAGCAUUUUAUAUCCAAAAUUCAGUGUUAAGUAUGGCAGCUUGUAGAUAAUAGUAUAAGAAGAAAUGUGGCGUCUAGAAUGAGAGCACCAGUAUUUCCUAAAUCUUUGUACCGUUACCAAAUAUCCGAAGCUGUUUUUAAAUUGUGCAAAUGAUACAGCUGCGGUUUUGUGACAGGAAAUUUAUCCUUUGUUUUGUUUUUAAAUCCUGCUGUCUUUACCGUUCAUGCACAACAUCUCUGGACAUUUAUCUUCCCAACCAGUGAAAAGAUCUCUGUUCGACAGCUGGUGUGAUAUGGUAUCGUUUGACGUUGAUUGAUGUCACUGCCCAGAGCUGUGAGGGUUAGAGGGGUGGGGCUCUGAAAGAUAAUGUUCCGUAGUGUUUCUCCUCAACUUUGGUAAUAAUGUCAGAAGUAUGGUGUGACGGUGUAUGUGUGUUUACACUGUGCUCUUGUACUUCUGCUUUUGUGAUCAGAAUUUGAUGAAGUGAGAUCAUUUUGGCUACUUCUCACUUCUACAAAGGUUCAGUUUAGAGAUACAGUGAUGGAAGAAGCAUUCACUAAUCAUUUGCUAAAGUAAAAACAGCAGUUAAUGCAGUAAAUGUACUUAAAGUAUCAAAAGUACUCGUUAUCCAGAAUGGCCCCUGCCAAUGUUAUAUUAUUAUAGGAUGGGAUCAUUAUCAUUGAUGCAUUAACAUGUAAACUGUGCUUUAACGCUGUUGUUGGUCAUGGUGGUGCAGAUUCUAACUGGUUAGGUAAAAAUAAAUCACAUUUUAUAAAAUUGUCACAUUUUCUAUGUAAAAUCUGUGUCUGAAAAGUAAGUGGUAACUGUAGGAGUAAAAAGUACAGCAUUUCCCUCUGAAAGCUCAUGGAGUGGUGGUAAUUGUAGUUAUUUUCAACAGUUGUUAGUCUGUGUUUUGAAGCUUAUGUUGACUGGUGAAAUACAAACUCUCUAUUCUGUCAUCAUCCUGUCAGACUCAUCAGCAGGUAACUGUGGGGAAGGCACAAGUUUGACACAAACAAAAGGCUGCAUGUUCAGUAGUAAUUUACUCUCCUUGAAAGUUGCACUUGUUCCUAAUGAGCGUCUGAAUCACAGCAAGUCAAAUGUUCAUCUUUCUGACUGUGAGUCUCCACAGGAGGGGAUGAACAUUUGACUUGCUGUGAUUCAGACGCUGUUCAGACACAGUUGUGUCUUUUCCUAACUCAGCCUCUUUGUCCUUCUAGGAAACUUUUACAGAUGCUUGCAAACACACACCUCCACAUCUUAAAACACAACCUUCUUUUAUACUUUCAAGAUGAAAAAUGCUUUGAUGAGUUUUGGCAGCCAGAGUUAACUUUAUUAACUCAUUUCAGAUAACCUUAGGUCCCGCAGCCGUGUCACGUGCUGUGUCACGUGAAGUGUGUGAGAGCGUGUGAUGUGUGCAAAGCCUUUCUAGCCGUUUUCUUUCUGUGGGUGCAAUGAAGUGUUGUUGUUGUUUUGUGCUCCCCGUCACACUAGUGUUAAAUUCAACCCACAGCAACCUGUGAUUGGAAUUCUGUCAAGGAGUAGCACACUUGAAGUGACAAAACACAGUUUCCCUAAAGUCACACAUAUAAACACUACACAAUUAUGAUGAGACUUGUUUUCAGCACAGUUUUGUAGAGUUUGUGGCUGAUGCAGGUCACUCAGUCAGAUAUUUAGGGGCUGUUGUUUUAUUCUGAUCCUAAUCAGCCUUUGUUAUUAUGUAGUCAACAACUUAGUCUCUCUAAUUAAGAGGAUAGUCUGGUUCUGAUUGGUGCACACAAUCUAUGUUUUGAAAAAUCACGGAGGUUGAAAAGUGACACAGCCAGGACUUAUAAUCAUGGGGUUGUAUUCCUCAGAUUUUGGGCAGUGGUGGCCUAAAGAUUAGAGAAGUGAGCUUGUGACUGGAAGGUCGACGGUUCAGUCCCCUGGCCCAGCAGGGUUAAAUCCGGGUGGGAAAAGUGGAAAAAGUAGGGCUUGCACCUCCCUCAUCAACACCACUGUGGUUCACUCAAGCAAGGUUCUUAACCUCUCAGUGCUCAGGGGCCAUCAGGUCAGACUGUGGUUGUACUGGACAGCUUCCAAGUAUGAAUGUGUAACAGUGUGAAUGUGAUCAGGGUGUCCCUGAAUAAUUCCUGACUUUUACAGCUCAAUGCUCUGUUUUCAAUUUUUCUGUUUUACCUCCUCAGCUCACAGGAUGACAGUUUUUGACCACAAUGUGAAGGACAAAAGCAAAUGCCUUUUUUUUGUUAUAACCUCGUCUCCGUCGGCCUCAUGUUGGCUCUCUAGAAAGCCUUUAAAACUGUUACUUUAACAGGCUGGUCCAUAUAAAGGGGUUUAGUGGACCUCUGAUGCAAUUCUGAAGGUAAGUAGAAUCAAGGACAAGGACUAGUGUCUGCCCUGUCACUAAGGUGUAAAUGUACUAUAUUUUGUGAAAUAAGUAUUUUAUCACCUCUCUGACAGACUGUU